AUGGAACAAGUGCAUAAGAAAUACAUGCACUGUGGUCCACAGUCUCUCCUAGCUAAUAUCCGUGAACGAUACUGGCCAAUUAAAGGCAAAUUGAUGGCAAGAUCAGUAGUACAACAUUGUGUACGUUGUACUAAAGCCAUACCACGGUUUUAUGAACAACUUAUGGGUAAUUUGCCAGCGACAAGAGUACAACCUAGGCGACCAUUUCUCACCACUGAAGUGGACUUUUGCGGACCUUUUUGGAUACAUUACAGAAUCCGAGGCAAGAGACCACAGAAGGCAUAUAUUGCUGUGUACUGUUGUUUUACAACUAAGGCAGUUCAUCUCGAAGUAGUUAGCGAUUUAACCACAGAUGCAUUCAUCGGAUCACUGAAACGUUUUAUUGCUCGAAGAGGACACUGUAGAAAUUUAUUUUGUGGCAAUGCCACAAACUUCGUGGGAGCAAACAAUCAACUAAUUGAACUUGCAGACUCAAUUCAAGCAAGUAAGGCACAAGAAAAGAUAAUUAACGAAUGUAAUGAAAUAACAUUUAAAUGA